GAGCCUUUAAUGGUUCCCAUCAAAACCACUGAAACCAGCAUCAGAGCCGCGCGGCUUCCUGCGGCGGCCACGUUCAGCCUUCAAACAGCUGACAGCACGAGAGCACGGCACGCGCGCGGAGACGUAUCUGGAGUUUGGAGCUGUUCGCUUCCCCAGAGAGGAGAGAAGUUUCCCAACAUUCCCACAGUCUUCCUCUCCUUCUCCAGGAUACUCUAGGAGCGGCGGCAGAGGCGGCCUGGCUCCUGAAAGACAAACUUUAUUUACUCUUGUUUUUUUAUUUCCUGUUUUUAUCGGCGCGCGCCCUGUGGUUCAUGCUCACAAAUGUUAGCGGUGGGGCAGAUGGAGGCUAACCGGCAGAGUGCGUUCGUCCUGGGCAGCACCCCGCUGGCGGCGCUACACAACAUGACCGAGAUGAAGACGUCCCUGUUCCCGUACGCGCUGCAGCAGAGCCCGGCUGGCUUCAAGGCUCCGCAGCUCUCCAACCUCAACUCGCAGAUCUCCAUGGGCACCCCGCACGGAAUAAGCGACAUCCUGGGGAGACCCAUCACCACGGCCGGGCAGCUGCUGUCCGGAUUCCCCCGGAUAAACGGCUUGACGACUACCGCUGCUGCAGCCGCCGCCGCGGGGAUGUACUUCAGCCCGGCGGUGUCACGGUACCCGAAGCCGCUGGCCGAGCUGCCGGGAAGGGCGCCCAUCUUCUGGCCCGGGGUGAUGCAGGGUUCUCCCUGGAGGGACCCGCGGGUUCCCUGUCCAACUCAGGCGAACAUGAUGGUGGACAAGGACGGGAAGAAGAAACACUCCAGACCUACAUUUUCAGGACAGCAGAUUUUUGCACUGGAGAAAACUUUCGAGCAGACGAAAUACCUGGCCGGUCCGGAGAGAGCGCGCCUGGCGUACUCUUUAGGGAUGACUGAGAGUCAAGUUAAGGUUUGGUUUCAGAACAGAAGAACCAAAUGGCGAAAGAGGCACGCGGCAGAGAUGGCCACGGCCAAGAAGAAACACGACUCAGAAACGGAGAAGAUGAAGGAGAGCUCUGAGAACGAGGACGACGACGAGUACAACAAACCGCUGGACCCAAACUCAGACGACGAGAAAAUCACGAGACUGUUGAAAAAGCACAAGGCCACCAACCUGGCGCUGAUCAGCCCCUGCAGUAAUAGCUCGGACACCUUGUGAUGCCCACACCCGUUGGGGGCAAAGUUUAUGUGGGGGGGUCUAACAAAGAGAGACUUGCCGCACUCUUUCUGACCCCCUUUCCACCUGACAUUACGAACAUGCGCCUGAGGAGACGCGUUUUGCUCACAAGGAGCGAGAAAUGCGGAGUGUGUGCCAUGACGCACGGAGAACGCGCUCACCAAUCCGUUUGGCUGCAUCCAAACCCAAACUUUUACAGACUCUGUGUGCUCGGAGAUGUCAGAACUGGACUUCACCAAGACUUAAAAGGUCAUUCAGAUGAAGGACAAUAAAAAAUAAAUGGGAAAGGAAGACGUUUUGGCGACGCAAAUCAGUUUUUACGCAUAAAACUGGAAUUUAACAGCAGGUGUAAAUGCAACGAAAUACUAUUCACACACAAUCCGGAUCAGUGUUGGGCCUUUAAAUGUGAUUAAUUACGUUUAUUCCACUGAGAAAGCUGCUUUAUUUUACUCAUGAAGCCAUGGCACUUGUUACAUCAUUGUGCGUAAAACAUUCAUCCAAAUUAGCAACCAGUGUCGUCCAUUAAGGUCUUAUAGGACGCUCAUUUUGCUCUGAAUGAGACAAGUGAUUGUUCUUUUUGAUAAGGAGACUCUUUUGUUUAUGCUCAAGGAAAAUAAAAAAUAAUAAUCUCAUUUAUUUAAGAAAUCAUGUGCCAGUUUUAUAAAUUCAAACUUUAUUUAAAAAUUGGCUCCAUAAAAGGUAGCGACUUUUACGCAGGUGAUUAUCACAUCUAAAAUUGAGCAGCUGACACUGAUCCGGAUCCAGGACGCAUGUUAAAGAUGGCAGGUGUGAACGGGGCCUGUGAUGCUUUUAAAGCUCAGAUUAACCAGGGUAUCCACUGUCCUAAAAGGCGAGAGAGCAGAGUGUAGUGAGGGGCACAGAUUUAAGGUGCUGCAGCCUGAAGAUGAAAAAUGUUCGUGUGAAGAUUGUAUAUAUAUUUUUUACUGGAUAAGUUAUGUUCGGACGCGCUUAUUCCCCCUCAGAUAGACCUGCUGCUUCCUUUUGAUCCCUGCAGAGUAAUGUCGUCUCUUUUUUUCAGCUCCGGAGCAUCGAUGUACAGACGCAGAAUGCUGUAAAUAAUCACUGUAAAAAAAACAAAAACAAAAACAGCUUUUUAACAUCACACACUUUUUCCUUGGGUUUCAUUUGAUAAAGUUUCUGUUUUUUUAUUUUAUUGCCUUCAUCAGCUCGGAGCGAAGCAGCAAACUGUUGGAAUUAAAGAGAAUUAUCACCUCUGGGAAGGUUAAAGGAAGAAAAAACACUUUGUAUAAUGAAUAAAUUAUUUAACAAGC